UAAGAGGGCGCAAAUUUCGAAAAUGAUCCAGUGGUGGAAUGAAAUCAAGGAGUUGUCAAACCACCUCGCUAUACCCCUCUCUCUUCCCCCUGCUUCGCCCACUCUUCCUCCCCGCCAUUUCUUCUUUCCCCCUACUUCGUCAAACCCUAGGGCUUCGUUUGGUUCUUCCAGAAACCAUUCUUGCGAGGAAUUUUUUUUUUUUUGGAAUUCCUUGUCGAGUUAUUUUCUGUCAUUUUCCUUUCCUUUUCUUUCCAUCAUUUAUUUUCGAUUACUAAACAGAGCCUAAAACUCUCCACAUUGUCUUAAUUCUCAGUUUUCUGAUAAAAUAAUAGUAUAUUUUUGAAAUGUAUCAGCUGUUGCGUGAGUCAAAAAGAAUCUAAAAUUCCAGGAUCAACAUGAGCAAUGCGAAUCCCGCUUUGUGUGUUUUUAUGAUAAUUGCAGUUGCAUGGAGUAUUCCAAAGAGCGUAAUUUGCCAAGAUGAAAGCGAACUAAGUAAUACUCCUGCUGGUGUUAAUCUCUUCACCAGUACCAUUUUCAACCGAUUUUCCAAUUUCACAACUGUUUUCAGAGAUGAGAUUAAAAAGCAUUUGAAAUUCUGCAUCAAGAAUGUGGAUGCUGAUUGGGAUUCGGCAUUUAAUUUCACAUCAGACACCACGUUUUUGUCCAAUUGCAUUCGAAAAACAAAAGGAGAUAUCAUGCAGCGAUUAUGUACUGCAGCAGAAAUAAAGCUCUAUUUCAAUAGUUUCUAUAGUGGCGAGUCCAGGAGCACAAACUACUUGAAGCUUAACAAGAACUGUAAUUUGACCUCAUGGGUUUCAGGAUGUGAGCCAGGAUGGGCUUGCAGUGUUGGUCCAAAUAAGAAAGUUGACCUAAAAAAUGUGCAGGACUUGCCUGAUAGAACCACUGACUGCACGACUUGUUGCGAGGGUUUCUUCUGUCCUCAUGGCCUUACCUGCAUGAUUCCUUGCCCAUUGGGCUCUUACUGCCCACUUGCAAAACUCAAUAAAGCAACUGGUAUCUGUGAACCUUACAAUUACCAACUACCUCCAGGGCAGCAAAAUAGAAGUUGUGGUGGAGCUGAUAUUUGGGCUGAUAUUGGGAGUAGUAGCGAGAUAUUCUGUUCAGCAGGAUCUUACUGUCCAUCAACUAUCAAAAAAAUUCCUUGCAGUAGUGGAUAUUACUGCAGGAUUGGCUCUACAUCUCAAAAGCGGUGCUUCCGGAUGACAACUUGUGAUAAAAAUUCAGCAAAUCAAAAUAUCACUGCAUAUGGAGUCUUGCUUUUUGUCGGAUUAUGUAUUAUACUUAUCUGUGUGUAUAACUGUUCUGACCAAGUUCUCACCACUAGAGAAAGAAAACAAGCACAAUCCAGGGAAGCUGCAGCAAGAAGUGCAAGAGAAACUGCACAAGCACGGGAAAAAUGGAAAUCUGCAAAGGAUGUGGCUAAGAAGCAUGCCAUUGGAUUGCAAGCACAGUUAUCACGUACAUUUUCUCGUGUAAAAUCUUCCAGGCAACCAGAUAAGAUGAAAAUUUCAGGGCCACUACCUGGAACUGAUGCUGCCUUACCACCUAUGCCACUAGAUACUUCAAGUGCAUCUGCAGCAUCAGAAGGCAAGAAAAAGGGGAAAAGCAAUCUAGCAAAGAUGGUGCAUGCACUUGAGGAGGACCCUGAGAGUCAUGAAGGCUUCAAUCUGGAGAUUGGGGAUAAAAAUUUAAAAAAGAAUAUGCCAAAGGCUAAGCAAUUGCAUACACACAGCCAAAUUUUCAAGUAUGCGUAUGGCCAAAUUGAGAAAGAAAAAGCCCUGCAGGAGCAGCAGAUGAACUUGACCUUCUCAGGAGUAGUUUCAAUGGCUAAUGAUAUUGAAGUCAGACCCAGGCCUAUGAUUGAGGUCGCUUUCAAAGAUUUAACCCUUACUUUGAAGGGGAAACACAAACAUCUGAUGAGGUGUGUGACUGGGAAAAUUAUGCCUGGCCGUGUUUCUGCUGUCAUGGGCCCAUCUGGAGCUGGAAAAACAACGUUUCUUUCUGCUCUGGCUGGAAAACCAACCGGAUGCACCAUGACUGGUUCAAUUUUAAUAAAUGGCAAGGUUGAAUCAAUGCACUCGUACAAGAAAAUUAUUGGUUUUGUGCCACAAGAUGAUAUUGUGCAUGGAAACUUGACAGUUCAGGAGAAUCUAUGGUUCAGUGCAAGGUGCAGAUUAUCUGCUGGGCUGCCAAAACAAGAGAAGGUUCUGGUUGUCGAAAGAGUCAUAGAAUCCUUGGGGCUACAGCCAGUGCGGGAUUCCCUGGUUGGCACAGUAGAGAAGCGAGGGAUCUCUGGAGGCCAAAGGAAGCGAGUAAAUGUUGGGUUAGAAAUGGUGAUGGAACCUUCACUAUUGAUCUUAGAUGAACCCACUUCUGGUUUGGACAGUUCAUCUUCUCAGUUACUACUUAGAGCACUUCGUCGGGAAGCUCUUGAAGGAGUAAAUGUUUGCAUGGUGGUUCACCAACCAAGCUACACCUUGUUCAGGAUGUUUGAUGAUCUGAUACUUCUAGCUAAAGGUGGUCUUACAGUGUAUCAUGGAUCAGUGAAAAAAGUAGAAGAGUAUUUUGCAGAACUUGGGAUCAAGGUUCCUGACCGUGUUAAUCCUCCUGACCAUUUUAUUGAUAUUCUAGAGGGCAUAGUAAAACCAAGCUCAAGCACAGCAGUGGAUCAAAAACAACUUCCUGUUAGAUGGAUGCUCCAUAACGGGUACCCAGUACCCCUGGAUAUGCAACAGGCAGCUGGAUUGACAGCAUUCACAAAUGCUGGAAGCUCAGAUGUUGCUCAUUCUGAGAAGCAAUCUUUUGUUGGAGAAAUUUGGCAGGAUGUGGUGUCUGAUGUCGCCUUGAAGAAGGAUUAUAUACAAAAUAACUUUUUCAAGUCAAAGGACUUAUCAAACCGAGUAACUGCUGGUGUACUCCAGCAAUACAAAUACUUCCUUGGAAGGGUUGGUAAGCAACGGCUACGGGAAGCCAGGAUACUAGCUGUUGAUUAUUUGAUUUUAUUGCUAGCUGGAAUCUGCUUAGGAACACUUGCGAAAGUGAGCGAUGCAACUUUUGGGGCACUUGGUUAUAAUUACACCGUCAUAGCAGUUUCUCUCCUCUGCAAGAUUGGGGCAUUGAGAUCAUUUUCUCUGGAUAAAUUACACUACUGGAGAGAGAGGGCUUCGGGAAUGAGCAGCUUGGCAUACUUUCUCUCGAAGGAUACAGUUGACCAUUUAAAUACAAUCAUCAAGCCUUUGGUUUAUCUCUCCAUGUUCUAUUUCUUCAACAACCCCAGAUCUUCCUUCCCUGAUAAUUACUUUAUUUUGCUCUGCCUGGUGUACUGCGUGACUGGUAUAGCUUAUUUAUUUGCCAUCGUUUUUGAACCCGGUCCUGCCCAACUGUGGUCAGUUCUUCUUCCAGUUGUUUUGACUCUCAUUGCAACCCAACAAAACCAAAGUGGAUUUAUCAAAAAAUUAUCUGACCUGUGCUACACCAAGUGGGCUUUGGAGGCAUUUGUCAUAGCAAAUACUAAAAGGUAUUCUGGUGUAUGGCUGAUUACACGGUGCGGAUCACUUAUGAAGAGUGGCUACGAUCUGAACAACUGGGCUCUUUGUUUAUCAAAUCUCAUCAUUGCUGGUAUAAUCAGUCGUGUCUUAGCCUUCUUUCUUAUGGUCUUGUUCCAUAAAAAGUGAAUUCAUUCCACCAAUUUUUCUUCAGUCCAUUCUGUUCCCCACAAUUUGUACAAAUGCAAAGUUUCAAUGCUAAGACACUUCCAUUAUAGUAACUCACAUAGCCCCUAGAAGGAGUUAGGUUCUCUUGAAAACUAUCAUAUGCUGAACUUUCAAUGACAGCCUGUGAUCUAUGCCACAUGUUUGUAAAUGAUAGAGAAAGCCUUUCCUACGAGAGUUUUGUUCUUCUUAUAUAUACUUGUGGUUGAGAAAAUUUACAAAUAAAUAAAUAAAAGAAAAAAGGGUCUAUUAAGGUUUAA